CUUUCGAAGUUACACCUCUUGCAAAUGAAAACAAUAAUAAAUAAAACGCGGAAACCACUGGCUCAAAUAAAAAAGAUACAAAUUAAUCUCUAAAAAUAUAUUACUAUUUAAAUUUAAAUUGUAAAUGGGCAUAAUGGAAAACAAUGGCGUUGGAAAGCUGACGGAAGAAUCUCUGAAACGCAAGGAGCGGCUGCAAAAAUUGCGGGAACAAGCGCAGAAUAAAGGCGGAGACACCGCCGAUGGCAGUGAAAAGUUACCCAAACCCGUAUUCCGCAGCUACAAACCGCAAAAUGAGAACACCACCGGCGAAGUUCUCACCCAAGAGCCCACGGGAAAUAUUGAAACCGCUGUGGAGGACCAACUGAGUCUGCUGCAGCAGCCCAUGGUGAUCGAUGAGAUUGAUAUAACCAAUUUAGCACCUCGCAAACCAGAUUGGGACCUUAAGCGGGAUGCCAGCAAGAAGCUGGAGCGAUUGGAACGACGCACCCAAAAGGCCAUUGCAGAGCUCAUCCGGGAGCGGCUGAAACUGAACCAAAUCGAGGACAUCAGCCAGGCGGUGAAUGUGGCCACCGCCCAUGCAGGUGAAAGUGUUCAGGAGGAUUAUGACUAG